UCGGCAUUCAGUUACCCUCGGUCAAUCCCCGCGGACGGUCGUGCCUCGCUCGUUCGAAACUUGAAACGAAUUCUAAAUUUGAAAACGGUGACAUUCUUUUGUUCGUUCCACAACGGAUUGGCGUUUCAAAUUGGUAAAAGACAUCUUCCAAGACACGUGCCUCUUCGAACAUCAAUAUGGGAUAUCUCCGUGAGCUCCUCUUCAGUUUCCUGCUCAUUCUUUCUGUAGUCUACGGCCAAACUGAGACCGAGCCGCCCACCACCGUGACGACCAAAUCUCCCCCUACCACUACGGUCCCAUCGACCACCACCACCACCAUCGCGUGGGAAGACACCCUGAACGAGGGCCAGGCCAUACAGAAGGCGCUGCAGUACCUCCUGCAGCAUAGACAGCCGGAUUGGGGCUGGGGGAACGACACGCACCAUGUCAUGCUGACUCUCCAGCUGGCCAACAACACCGGCAAGGAAAUAGAGCAGCAAGGCCUGGAGAUGCAGCUCUCGGCGAAACAGAUGGAGAUCGAAAUACUUCUCAUGAUGUCCAAGCACCACGAGUCCCCGCCUCCUCUAGGCCGCCUGGCCGCCUACACCCUGGCCCUGGGUGCCCUCUGCAAGGACCCUCGCUCCUUCCACGGCCGGGACCUGGUGACCGCUCUGCUCCACCGCGAACCGCCCCACGACCUGGAGUUUGCCUACGCCACCCUGGCUGCUUGCUCGUCCGCAGCACACGUGAGGAGACGGCAUAUUAGAAGGCUGUUGGAUAUCGCUAAUGCUGCUGCUGAUCAUAGCCUGGACACCAUCUCCAUGGUGAUCCUGGCGCUCCGCUGCGUGGUGCAGGACCACCGGCACCGCAGCCUCAUCCACUUCGUGCGGCGCCCCAUGGCCGGGCUGGCUCGGCAGCAGCACCCAGAUGGCAGCUUUGGCAGCCUCACCACCACUGCUUUGGCUAUACAGGCUUUAGAAGACUCCGACAGCGGCCCAGGCGCCCACCAGCACUGGAGCCUCCCAUCGGCUAGGAAGUGGUUGCUAGAGCGUCAGAACCCUGACGGAGGAUGGGGAGACGUGGCCAAGACGGCUGCAGCAGUAGCAGCGCUGACACCAGCCUCCCUUGCUGCUGUGCGGCCUCCGCACUGCAGUGAUAAGCUGCUGGAGAGCCGGCAUGAGCCUUUAGUGAGGAGAUGUGGCCAAGACGGCUGCAGCAGUCGCGGCCCUGACUCCUGCUUCACUGGCUGCUAUGCGUCCCCGCACUGCAGCGAUAAGCUGCUGGAGAGCCGGCAUGAGCCUUUAGACAGCAACGGCGGCGACGGCAGUCUGAAGCUGGCGUACCAAUCGGGUCAGAGCAGCAACGACUCCGACGCUCGCAAUGUUUCGUUCACCUACACGCUGUGGCUUGGAACCAACGUCACGGAGAACUUCACGCUGCACAUGGUCGCUCCUAGAAACAUAUCAUUCUACCACGUAAUGCAAAUGGCUGCGGACCAAAACCCGAAGUUCAAGUUCGAAGCGAGCGAGUGGCCCAACGGUCACUACGUCCACACCCUGGCCGGACACAAGGAGGAGCCUAUGGGCUACCACUAUUGGCUGCUGUACCGUCUGCCAGAGAUCCCCGACCCUGCUAGCCCUCCAGGGAACCAGCUCGUCGCUCCUGUUGGUGUGGACGACUUACUAGUCGAAGAUGGUGAGCACUACCUGUUCUGGUACAAGAAGCUGUAACUCCAUCAACCUUCGAGCGACCUUUUAAUUUUCUACGUAGUCUUCUCGUUAAAGUUCCAGCAAUACAUACAUAAAUACGGUUAGAGGUAUCAACGGUCUGUGUAGUGAUUAAGUCUACAUUAGCAAAAAAUCGCUUGCGCACCUCUUACAGUUGUUAGUGUUGCCAGUUAUUGACACUUAACUACUACCGUGGAUAUUUUCGUUUGGUAGUUUUCAGCCAUUUUUAAUGUAGCAACACAAGCCAUAAUUUAAAGAAGGAUUUGCUUAGUUAUUACUUGGUACUCUAGGUGAUAAGACUAAUUGAAAUUUAGAUUGUCUCCUUUCCCCUAAGGCUACUGCGUUGAGUGUGAUCCAUCAUGAAGUCGAAAAUAGUCUGGUUACGACAGGGCAACUUCGAAACGCUGUUUACGUAGUUUCUAUCUGUCACCGUCACUCAUGCUGGUAUCUCGCUUGGCGUGAAAGAGCUGGCAAGAUUCGAAACUUCGGAUAUUAAUUUUCGACAUACAAAGACUUAAGUGGUGGUAAAGCCCGGUCGCCGAGCACGUAAGAAGUUCGUCCAACCGCGACAGCAAUAUACCUAAUUACGCGCGAACGAUAAGGAUGGGUAGCCUGGGGUCAUUAGACGAAAUUCUAUGUGCUCGGCGACCGGACUAUAGCUCGCUCAACACAGCGUCUAGCCUCUCAUUGUGCUAAGUAUGAUUACCAAUAUUGUAUUUCGAGAGAUUUAGUAGGUAGAUGUUUACCCAAUUUCGUACCAAAGACUCAUUAUUACUGAUUAUGUCCGCUAGGGAGAGCUAGUUUCUAUGUAAAUAAUGCGAUAUCCUUGACACGGAGGCAAACUUUUUGAAUGUUGAAAUAUUUCAAUCAUAUCUUAGAAUACAUUGUCAUAAAGGCGUAGGAAAGUAUUGUGAACUUACUGCAAAACAUUUUUUGUCAAAAUUAUUCUAAACCAACAAUGUUACUGUAUUUUAAGGAAAUAGUAAACCUUUAAAAUAUUUCUCGUUACUUUAAUUAAACCAAAACUUGUAUCUUUUGUCCAACAGAUGUCGCUAGUGAUCAUUUUUAAUUUUGAUUGUUUUCGAUAACAUUUUAAUUUAUAAUUACGUUUUUGUGAGACAUGUACGAAUAUAAGUGAUACUAAUAAAUUAUCGUCAUAAUGUAACAAGUGCAAUAACUAUAAUAAAUUAGGUUUUUUCAGGACCUGUAAUUAUUUAUUUAUUUCUAGUUCUAAAAGCAGUUAGCAAAUAUUUUUUUGCAUGCGAUAGCCUCCAGCAUGUAUUAUAGCUCUUAGAGAUGAAACUUUUAAGAUUUGUAAUAACAUAAGCAAUUUUUUCAAUCGAAACCUUUUCAAUAAGAGUUGUUUUGGUGGAAAUUUUUCUAAAUAAUUACAAAUAUUACUUGAAUUAAUGUUGUUUUCAAAUGAUUACACAUGUUCAUACUUACAAUCGAACACGAAGGUUUAAAUUUCCUUAAAUCGUAUUAAUAAACGAGUGAACAUAAGAGUAAUUCAAUUCAUUCACUCAUCGUAUGAUUAUUGAACGAGUGAACGUUUUUUGUCGAUGUUAAAAAUAUGAUAUUAGAAUAUUUUCCACCAAAAUAACGUUAACUAAUAAGUAUGUGUAAUCUCAAUAGUUUUAACUACUCAUUUUAGAGACUGAACGGCUCCUGUUACGUUGACGAGUACGUUAGACUAACAUUUUUAUCGUACCUAUUAAAUGGUUCUUAAUAAAUAUUAAAGUAA